AUGGCCUGGCAGUCGCCCUCUGCGCAUAACUCCUCCCCCGAUGGGAAUAAUGGGAACGGUGGCCUUCAAGGGAACGGUGCCAAUGGUGGCUCUGGAGACGGCGCAGUUGGUACAGAGUACACCUUACAGGGUGUCAUGAGGUUUUUGCAGACGGAAUGGCAUCGUCACGAACGGGAUCGUAAUUCCUGGGAAAUAGAGCGCGCGGAGAUGAAGGCUAGAAUAGCAAAGCUGGAAGGGGAGAAUAGGGCAGCAAACAGGUUGCAUCAGGGGUUCCUGACGAGGAUAAAAAUGCUCGAGACUGCGCUGAAGAAGGAGAGGACGUCGAGGGGAUUGGAGGGGGCCGAGAGGGAUGGGCAAGGGGGCCAGAAGGCUGCGGUGGAGAACUCGAUCAAUGCAAAGUUAUCUCAGCAGUCAAUCCCCCUUGGAGAAUCCUCGUCACUCUAUAGAGCUGAGGCUGCCAGAAAUAAGAGUCGGGCGUAUCUGGAGAAGUGUCUGCAGGAGAUCACUUAUUUACUUACCCCACCAAAUCAUCCUCCACCCCAGCAUCAACCUCCUAUCAACGUGGAGUCUAUGCUACAGCAGCAACAACAGCAACAACCACAGCAUCAGGUACUUCAACAGCCUUCUCCGUCCCCCAACCACCAGCCUCCAUGCCCGACAGGACAGGCCAGUAGUCAGCUAGGCAAUGCCGGGAUGCUUUCUGGACAUCAACCAUACCCACAUAGUCGUGCCUCGCUAUCCCGGUCUCAUGAGAUGGGCAGUCAGCAGGCUUCGUUCCACCAGGAAUUGCAGAUCCAGCCUCAGCCUCAGAUCAAUACCCCCUCGGGUUCAAACGAACAGUUAGAUGAAACAUUGGAGCAGCAAAAUGCAUUUUCCUCCUCAGGUUUGGAUUAUGGAAAAGCUGAUACAAACCCCUUCUCUGCCUCCGUGGCCACCGCGGGUGAAAGUGCUACAGGGUCUUUGGCACCUGGCGAUACCGAUUCGUGGGAUUUUGAUGAGACAACUCGAGUUGGUGGUAGUGAUCUGGAGGCUGCUAAUAGUCACCCAAAAGAGAUUGAACAAUAUAGUUCAAGUAACCAUACGGGGAAGGCUAAUAGUGUUAACCGAAGGAAACUUUCUGUAUCAAAACAUCGAUCCCCAAGCGAAUCACGGGAUUCAGCAGGGACUGUGGCCUCUACAACGGUGCUGGGUUCGGAUUCUGGAAAUUUUAAAUUAAAGUUUGCCUUAAGGGGUCAUUUAGACGUUAUCCGCGCUGUUGUUUUCACUGGUGGGGGAACUGCCAAUGAACCGGAGAUUUGUACUGCUGGUGAUGAUGGCGUUCUCAAGAGGUGGUUUAUUUCAAGGAGCUACGGCUUAUCCAUGGGUCUUUCGGAUAUGGAUAUACAAAGUCAUUUCACCCAUAGGGGUCAUUCGGGAAUGGUUACAUGCCUGGCAGCUCGCCCCCCUGCCGGAGGAAGUGGUGGUGAGGCUGCCUCCAACGCUGGAGGGUGGAUAUUCUCUGGGGGGCAAGACUCCACUGUGAAUGUAUGGGAGGCGGGGAAGGUGGGGCCUAAGGCUACGCUUGUGGGACAUACUGAUGUGGUAUGGGCGGUCUGUGUUUUGCCAUCAGCAUCCAAUGUCCUUGGUUCCUCGGACUCUUUUGAGAGAGUCCUCUUAGCAAGUGGUUCAGCAGAUGGAACGGUCAAGAUAUGGAGUGUGACUCCUCCACCGUCACCACAGUCUCACUCGAACGCUGGUAGUAUGCUCGGAAGUUUUAGAGGUACUCCGUCAUCUACCGUUCCGUAUACCGAUAAUGUCCCUUUCAAAUAUUCCCUUAUUUCUACAAUUACUCGAGAAGGCAUUAUCGCAAAUCCAACUUGCAUAACUCCAAUGUCUAUCACGGGCGAGACCUUUGUUGUCUCCUAUGAUGAUGCUGCUAUCAUUAUUUAUGAUACUGCGUCUGGGGAGGAAAUAGUUAGCAUGGUGAGCCAGGAGACCUAUGAUGGGACACCGGCUUCAGGGGUUAAUGCAGUUGUGGCAUCGACUGUGAGCCUUGAGAGUGCCGUCGAGGCUGGUAAAGGGGAUGAAGCCUUGAUGGCUGGAGCAACGGGUUUGAAGGGUGGAGUCGGCGGGAUGAUUAUAAGCGGGCAUGAGGACCGAUACGUGAGAAUAUUUGACGCUAAUAGUGGCCAAUGCACAUAUAGCAUGCUUGCACAUCCCGCUGCAAUUUCAAGCUUGGCGCUCUCCCCAGAUGGCAGAGAACUUGUCUCUGCUGGUCAUGAUGCAAGUCUGAGAUUCUGGAGCAUGGAAAAGAGAUCCUGCACCCAAGAAAUCACGAGCCACCGGCUUAUGCGGGGCGAAGGGGUCUGUUCCGUUGUCUGGAGUAUAGACGGAAGGUGGGCAGUAAGUGGGGGAGGCGACGGUGUAGCUAAGGUCUUUGCAAGAUAGUGAGUUUUUUUUCUCCGGCUCCUUGGUGGAUGAUUUUUUUGGUCAUGGGCAGUCGCUUGCCUGAUGAACAAUGGGAUGAAGAAAUUUUUUUUUAAUGCUUUGGUGUGAUGCCGGGG